AUGAGCAAUAAAAAGAGAUCUAAAAAUUUAGUUUAUGAUGAUUAUGAAGAUGAUUUUGAAGAUUAUGACAACUAUGAUGAACAAUAUUACUCAGAAUUUGAAAUUGAAAAAAAUGUAAACUCUUUAAAAAUAAAACAUAAUAAUAAUUCUAAAAAAAAUAUAAUAAAGAAAGCAGAAAAGAUAGAAAAUGUAAAUAAAAAAAAUGAAGAACUUAAUUUAACUUUGAAAAAUAGUAAAGAGAACAAGUAUAUAAUGCUGAAUACAUUAAAUAUCCUUGUAUUAGGACAUAUUGAUGCCGGUAAAUCUACAUUAAUAGGAGCAUUGUUAUAUAAUUUGAAUUACGUAAGUGAACAAACAAUAAAAAAAUAUGAAAAGGUUAAAGAAAGCUGCAAAUACACUUUUAUAUUAGAUGAAGAAGAUGAUGAAAGAGAAAGAAAUAUAACUCUUUUUAAUAAAAGAAAAGAAUUUUUUAUAUAUUAUACGAAAAAUGACAUAAAACAAGCAUAUGGCAUUUUACUAAACAAUGAGCAUAAUGAUAAAAACAUUAAUCACAAUAAAAAGAAUGUGGAAAAUUUAAAAAAGGACGAAAAUAAAAAUAUUUACAUUAAUAAAGGUAUAUUCGAAGAUUUCUAUAAAAAAAAAAAAAUACAUAAUGAUAUUAUUUGCUUUAGGAAAAUUAACAUUUUUGAUACACCAGGGCACAAUGAAUUAGUAAAUAACUUAUACUCCUGGAGCUUUUUUGCAGAUUGUGCAAUACUACUAGUUGAUGCAAAUAAUAUUUAUAAUAAAAAAAACGAUGAAACAUAUAAAGAUAUUUCUAUAUUAAAAUCAGUAGGAAUUUCUAAUGUUAUCAUAGUAGUAAAUAAAUUAGAUUUAUUUGAUUAUGAUAUAAAAGUUUUUGAAGAUAUAUGUAAUACAAUAAAAUCCUUUUUUGAAUGCAAACAAAAUGACGGUAUAUUUGAAUUUCUUUUUAAUAAUAACUUUUAUGUACAUAUAAAAUGCUUGGAAAAUUACAGUACCCUAUUUGAAAGAAAUUUAAUAUUUGUACCUGUUUCAGCGUACAAAAAUAAAAAUAUAGUAAAAUUUGAAAAAAGUGACAAACCACUAUUCAAUUGUAAUUUUAGCUUAUAUGAUGAAAUAAAAUAUAUGAAUAUAAAAAAAGAUUUAUUUUUGCUUAAAGUAUGUGAAGAAAUUUUACAUGAGAAAAAGCAAAAUUUAAGUUCUUAUUAUAAUUUUAUUAAAAAUAAUAAUCUGUUUGCAAAUAAUGUUUUUUAUAAUUUUGAUAAAAGUUGCCAAUUAAAUCCAGCUAAAAAAGCUAUAAAUAAAGAUAAUACAUUUAUAGGUGUUAUUCAAGACUUUACAGAAUCAAAUAAUUUGAUAAAAGCAAAUAUUAAAAUAUUAAGUGGAAUUUUAAAGACUCAAAACGAUUAUACUAUACUACCACUUAAAGAAAAAACUACUAUAAAAAAAAUUGAAAAGAGUUGCUUUUACAAAUACGUAAAUAUUGAUGACUUAUCCUAUUAUUUAACAAGAACAAAAGAUUUUGAUUUGCUCAAAAAAUUUUUAUUGGAAUUACCUGAUUCUGCCAUUUCAGAUAAAAUAAAAAAUCAAAAUUUAAAUGAAAAUAUUAAAAAUUUUGAUAGCGCAUGUAACAUAAAAGAAAAUAAUUUUACAAAUUCUAUACAAAUGAUAUCAAAACUUGCAAACGUUUGCUCAUUUAAUGAAAAUAUUACUAUAACUAACGAUAUUAUAGAAAAUGUUGUUCUUAAAAUUAGUGAAAACAAAAUAAUUAAUGGUUCCGUUCUAGUAAAUGAUGGAACAAAAAAUAAUUACAACAAAAAUAAUGAAAAAUAUACGUUAUAUAAUAUAGAUAAUAUUUUUGUUUCUAACAAAGUGGUAGUGUUAAUAAAAAUGAAUGAAAUACAAAUUCCAGUAAUAAUAGGUCGACAAUACCUUCUUUAUUCUUUAAAUUUUUCACAUAGUGUAACAAUUAAAAAUAUAUAUUGUGUUUAUAAAAAUAAAAAAUUCCCUUUCAAUUCUAAUGAUUUAUUAAAUAAUAAAUUAAAUAACUCUAACCAAAAUUUAACAGAAAUUAGUGAAUCAGAAAAUUAUAAAAAAAAAAAUAAUAUAUUAUAUGAAAAAGUUGAAAAUAAAAAGUAUCUACGAAGCUAUGAUGUCGGUAUUAUAGAAAUAGAAAUUAAUAAUAAUUCAUUAAUGUGCGCUCAAAAAUUCAGAAAUGACUUAAAUUAUUUUAUUUCUUUUUAUAAUUAUUUUUUUAAUAUCUAUGAUUUUCUUUCUUUUACUAUUUCUCCUUUAUCGCGCUUUAUUUUAUCUGAAUCAAAUCAAAUUGUUGCUAGUGGUUUAAUAUUAGGUGGAGAAUGA